AGGUUUUAAAGUAGAAUGAAGAAUGUUUUCAAGUAUUCGCCUUCAAUUAAUCUAUUAAGAAAGGAAAUAAAAAACAUAAUUUAAUCAGCUUAGCUGUGUGAACAAUUUGGACAUAUGGAUCUAUAUGUGAGAGAGUAUUCUAUAUAUGAAGAGGAUAAUUCAGUUUAUUUCUCAGAAGACUAUGAUGAUCUUGUCGAAAUAGAUGUCGAUCACGCUACAGUCAAAAAAGUUUAUGAAGCUGCGCUGUCGGGCUUGGCGAUCGAUGAUAAGGAAAUCAAUUACAGAAAUGACAGUGGGCUAACAGCACUUAUGAUAGCCAUAAAAAGGAAAAAUCUCCGGGCUCAGAAAGUUCUAAUACAAGCAGGUGCCGAUCUUAACAUUAGUCGAUCAAAUCGAUCUUUCUACACAGCAUUGUCCCUUGCCGUCGAUCGGGGGCUUAGUACCACAGUAAAAGAGUUACUUCGGCGUGGGCCUUUUCUUUCUUGUAUAAAUGGGAUUAAAGCCCUAGAAAUAGCAAGAGCUAAGGGCCUGUUAUGCUACGUUGUGGAAGGUGAAAAUUAUCAAAUCGCUCAAAAUAAACAGAAAGAGAUGAAUGGCCGUACGGGGGUAUAUCGUGCUGUUAAAGAAAACCGCUUAGAUUUAGUGAGAGAUCUCAUUAAAGCUGGGAGUUAUAUAACACUGAUGCAUAAAUCAACAUACACCAAUUCACAUAACAAUAAAUAUGUAUUGCAGCAUUUGAUAGAGGAAGGAGUUAAUGUAAACAUGGUUUUUAAGGAAGACAAAACGCCACUGAUACUAGCUAUAUAUUAUAAAAGUUUAAUAUGUGUAGAUAUUCUACUUCAAGCAAAAGCCAAUGUCAAUUUUGUUAGGAAAAACAAGCUGACACCGUUACAUAUGGCCGCGGAGUACGUUCAAGAGGAAAUUGUCAAAAAGUUGAUAGAAGCUGGUGCUGACGUCAAUGCAGAAACAAGUAAUGGCGAAACACCCCUACAUUUUGCUGUUAGAUUUGUGCUGUCUUCUGCAAGCCGGUGCGAAAGUUAA